CGCACAGACAGAGAAAAGGAAAAAGAAAGAGAGAGAGAGAGAGAGAGAGAGAGAGAGAGAGAGAGAGAGAUGAGUAGUGGAAAAGAAUUGAUGAAGAGAUUAGGAGUUGAAAUACAGAAAGGGGAUGACUACUCGUUUGAGCAGUGGCGUAGAGUUAGAAGAUCAAACAGUGAAUCAUCUUAUGAGGAAGCUGCUGUGCUAACUACCAAGCACAAAAACACCAUCACCAAAGUCAUCCUCCUCGACCGUCUAGUUGAGAAAGUUCGCCAUGAUACACGUCCUGUUAUAAAGGAGAUAACUCACUUCAGCCAUUGCCAUACCCUGUAUCGCUACAAGAUGCUAGAGGAAGACCUAUUACAAUGUGAAAUAUGCGAGACAUACAUUGUAGGCAAAGCUUGGGGCUGUCAAGACUGUGAAUUCUUCAUUCACAAGUCAUGUAAAGACGUUCCACAAGAGAUCAAACACAAAUCUCAUCAUGGCGAAAUACUCACCCUCCAAUCUUCCACCCGUUAUGAAUCUGGAAAAUUCAAAUGCGAUGCUUGUUGCAACCCUGGCAAGGGCUUUCACUACCACUGCUCUCCUUGCAAGUUCGAUCUCCACUUGGCAUGCGCUAGCACGGCCUAUACUGCCUACUAUGAGAAGCACAAAAAGCCGCUUACGCUUUGCUAUGAUUUUCCCAUUGAGACUUCUAGAACUGUCUACUGUAAAGUGUGUGAGACUGAGAUUAGCAAGGAUGGUUGGGCAUACUAUAACAAAGAUUCUCAUUUUAUUGCUCAUAUUUAUUGUGCAUUCGAUAAUGAAGAGGCGCAUUCGAUUCUCGCGAUCCAGGAGCGCUUACAAUGGCUUAAAAUUAAAUGAGCAGCUAAGUAGGCAAUUGGGUUAUGUUAAUUUAUGUUGUUGAUUCAGUUGUAUGUUGUUGUUAUUGUCGUACAAUAAUGUUCAUCUCAGCAUGCUGCCGUUGUAAUUUGCUUGAUUUUCUAUGUUUGUGUAAAUUAAUUUGUAAUGGUCAUGUUGGAGGUUCUAUCCAAUGUAUGUGUACUUUUCAUUCCAUAGUUAAUUGUGUUUGAUUUGUUUCAGGGCAUUUCUCUUCUAA